UCAAUAGAAUGAACAUGUGUUGCCUAUGAUUGAGGCAAAAUUCUUUCAAUUUUCCAUAAUUUAUCUUUCUCCAUAUAUCAUUUCAUUAGCGUUCAUCGUAUACAUAAACGUGUAUUUCUGUAUUGCUUAUAGUAAGGAUAUUAGAAAAUUAUGAGUGACAAAGAACCAAUAACAUCUCAACCAGGGUUGAAGAAGGGUGAGUAUGAAAGACUCGAAUCUGAGCAGACUACGGUAACAUCCCAGCCAACUAGUCCGCACUACUCUAAGUUUGGAAUGGACACGGUUUUACUCACAACAUCUGUUGACGGUAACCGGGACUGGACAAGUGGUCUGUUUGAUUGUAUGCAGGAUAAAAUGAAUUGUGCAUUGGUAUGUUUCUGUGCCCCAUGUGUUCAAUGUCAUCUUGGUACCAGAAUUGGAGAAUGUUUAUGUAUGCCACUGUUUGUCCAGGGCGCUCUUUUAACUAUGAGAACUAGACUAAGGACUCUCGGGGGAAUUCAGGGAUCCAUUUGCAAUGACUGUUUGGUGACAGCCUUGUGUGGACCGUGCGCAUUGUGUCAAAUGAAACGUGAGCUGGAUGUGAUGGGGGUUGGAUCUGUAUAGACAAUAUUCUCCUUCUGUUGUAAAAUACAAUAAGCGCAAUUCCAACCCCUCUUAAAGUUUGGUUUUGUUUGGAGGAAAGUGUUUAUAGCUUACAAAAAAGUGUAGAUAUCUAGAUAUUUUGAAGUGAAAUUGACAUUUGUUUAUAACCACCCUACAUGUCGUUAUGUUGCAUAAAAAUGUAUGUUGAUAACUGUUAUAAAUAAUUGUUGUCGAAGAAUAGAAAAUUUAUAGGAUAAAAUAAAUAUAUUAAUAAUUGUAAA